ACUUGUUUAGUGUUUGUUGUAGUCCCCACGUGGGAUGGUUGGUGUGUUCAGUGUUUACAGUUCGGUGUAGGUUAGCCGAGAGAUGUCAUGGAUGCGGAGGACUUGUUCCGUAAACUUUCAAAUGGAGCGAAGUUUGAUCUAAAGAAAUUUCAAUACGAUGCACAGAAACUUCAGGUUAUAAAACCGAAGCGUGUUGUUGGCCCCUUCCCUAUACAGAUUAACUCACAAAAUGACGUUCAGCACAAAAAACUAGACUAUGAAGAGCUCACUCAACCACAAGAGAGUUUAUCAACUGAGCUGAAAUUGAUUGGUUCUAUAACAGCUGAUGGCAACAAGAAAAAGCAUCUGAGUAAUAAGGACAUAAGAAAUAAAGAAGCUGCUCUUAAUCAGGAGAAGAUAAAUAGGUUCCGAAAUCAACAGAAAAUAUCAGUAAAAGGACAUAAUGUACCUCCACCAAUUGAAAAUUUUGAACAGUUGGUAACAGAAUAUGGAGUUGGACAAGAUAUUGUUGAUAAUAUUAAAAAUCUGGGCUACUCUGUCCCCACACCAAUCCAGAUGCAAGCAAUACCUGUAAUGCUGAAGAACCAGCAGAUUUUGGCUUGUGCACCAACAGGAUCUGGAAAAACUGCUGCUUUCCUUGUACCUCUCAUCCAUCACCUUAAAGGGCCAAGGCGGAAAGGUUUCCGUGCAGUUGUAGUCAGUCCAACGAGGGAACUAGCUAAACAGACUUACAGAGAAUGUUUGAAACUGUCUGAAGGGAGAAACCUAAGGAUCCACAUUAUCAGCAAAGCCAGUCUAGCUGUGAAGAAGUUCGGUCCAGAAUCUUCUAAGCGGUUUGAUAUACUUAUCACUACACCAAAUCGGCUAGUGUAUUUGCUGCAGCAAGAUCCUCCUGUUAUCUCACUUGCUAAUGUUAAAUGGUUGGUCAUUGAUGAAUCAGACAAGCUGUUUGAGGCCAGUGAAGGUGGCUUCCGCGACCAGCUAGCUGUUAUCUACCGAGCCUGUGAUUCAGAAAAUGUUCGGCGUGCACUUUUCUCUGCAACACACACCCCAGAUGUUGCUCGUUGGGCCCACAAGAAUCUGAAAGGACUUGUUUCUGUCACCAUUGGGCACAGAAACACGGCUGCAGAUAUUGUCGAGCAGCAGUUGUUGUUUGUGGGCACUGAGGCAGGGAAACUUGUUGCCUUCAGAGAUAUAGUAAGAAAGGGACUUACUCCACCCGUGCUGGUUUUUGUCCAAACAAAAGAAAGAGCCAAGGAAUUGUUUAAUGAAUUGCUUUAUGAUGGGAUCAAUGUUGAUGUCAUACAUGCAGACAGAACGCAGCUGCAGAGGGACAAUGUUGUACAAAGCUUCCGAAGAGGGGAUAUUUGGGUCCUUAUCUGCACGGAACUAAUGGGACGAGGUAUUGAUUUCAAAGGAGUAAACUUAGUCAUCAAUUAUGACUUUCCUCCUAGUGUCAUCUCCUACAUACAUAGGAUAGGUAGAACUGGGAGAGCUGGAAAUCCAGGGAAAGCAAUCACAUUUUUCACAGAAAGCGAUACAGUGAAUCUCCGAAGCAUUGCUCAAAUGGUCAAAGAUUCAGGGUGCGAGGUACCAGAAUACCUACUUAAACUUAAGAAAUCCAGUAAAAGGGAUCGGCGUAAACUUGAAAAGAAGGCCCCUCAACGAGAACGGAUAUCUACUGUUCCACUUUGUGAUAUGGAGAAGCAGAAAAAGUUGCAACAGAAGAUUCAGGCCAUAAAAAGAAAGAAAAAGGAAAGCAACAAAGAUAGACCACAAGCAUCUAACCAGAAAAAGCAAAAACUUUAAUGUUUAUAAAGUUGUAAAUAGACAGCACGAAGUUAUUUGUUACAAUGUUGGUAAUAUCUACUGUUAACAAAUACAAUUUUGUGUUUGCUGUAAAAGCUUUUCUCUGCACCUUCGAUACUGAAAGGCAGAUGCUAUUUUAAAUAAUAAAUAUCUGUACACAGCAGACAA